AUGGAUUGUGGAAAGGACAUCAGUAGGAAUGGAACUCCUACACAACAUCAAGGAACUCACACAGAGGAGAAACCAUUUAAAUGUAUGGAGUGUGGAAAAUGCUUUGGUCGUACAGAUUCGCUGAAAAUGCAUCAAUGUACUCAUACAGGAGAGAAAUCAUAUAAAUGUUUUGAGUGUAGAAUAUGCUUCAAAAAAAGUGGAUGCCUCCGUAUACAUGAGCAAACUCACAGGGGUGAGAAACCAUUUAAAUGUAUGGAGUGCGGAAAGAGCUUCCUUUUGAGUAAGCACCUUAAUGCACAUCAUCGCACUCACACGGGUGAGAAACCAUACAGAUGUAUGGAGUGCGGAAAGAGCUUCAGUCAUAGUCAAACCCUUAGAAUACACCAGCGAACUCACACAGGGGCAAGACCUUUUAAAUGCAUGGAGUGUGCAAAGAGCUUCAGUCAAAGCGGACAACUUAAAAACCAUCAGCGAACUCACACAGGGCAGAAACCAUUUAAAUGCAUAGAGUGUGGAAAGAGCUUCAGAGAGAGUGGAACGCUUAGAAGACAUAAUCAAAUUCACACAGGGGAAAAACCAUUUAAAUGCACAGAGUGUGGAAAGACGUUCCGUGAAAGGGCAAAACUUUCCAUACAUCUACGAACUCACACAGACGAAAAACCAUUUAGAUGCAUGGAGUGUGGAAAGAGCUUCAGAGAGAGUGGAACGCUUAGAAGACAUAAUCAAAUUCACACAGGGGAAAAACCAUUUAAAUGCACAGAGUGUGGAAAGACGUUCCGUGAAAGGGCAAAACUUUCCAUACAUCUACGAACUCACACAGGCGAAAAACCAUUUAGAUGCAUGGAGUGUGGAACAUGCUUCCGUCAUAGAGAAUCGCUGAAAAUGCAUCAGUGUACUCAUACAGGAGAGAAACCAUAUAAAUGUUUUGAGUGUGGAAAAUGCUUCAUUCAGAGUUCUAAUCUUAAUGUACAUCUACAAACUCAUACAGGGGAGAAACCUUUUAAAUGCAUGGAUUGUGGGAAAAGCUUCUCCAGUAGUACAACGCUUAGAAGACAUCAGCAAACUCACAUGGGAAAAACUAUUUAA